AUGGCUGCAGCAGAUGAAACUCCGGUACAUGGGCGCAGCCUACGUGACAAGAAGUCUGAGCUAAACUACAUGUAUGCCACGCUUGGCAUUGAGCAGGACGACAGUAGCGAUGACGACCUCAUCGUCGACUCGGAUGAGUCUGAAGACGACCAGGAGGCCUCGGGAGAUUCAGGAGACCCGGUAAACCCCGGAGUUAAGACGCAAAGGCCGAAUACCAAGAGCCGCAUUUCGCGCGGGAAACUAUCGGAAUGGUUGCUAUAA